CAGACAGUGAGUUCACUGCCAUAGAAGCAAAAUGUUCAGCUGGGGACAUGGGGAGCUGAUGAAGUCACGUGGAAGCCAGUCCCUUUUUUCUGUAGAGUCCGAAAUUGAUCUCUCAGAGAUUAACUUGGACCUCAGCUCUCCUGAUCACCUGUAGACAGACCUGAUCCUGCUCUCUCAUGUUCUUCUGGAUACUUCAGACAAUGACUGCUGGCACCCGGGGAAACCGAGCAAAGAGCCCCCAUCAUACAUGGUUUUGGAAACGUGUGAUCAACAUCUUCCUGAUCCUCAGUCUUUCCUUGAAAUGGACACAUGGUUUUAUACAUAAGAAUUUUUCAGUACCUAGGAGGUCAGGAAUAUGUCCAACCCAAAAUAUAACAUGUGACCUUGUGGAAAAGGAUCAGUGUGUCAUGGAUUUCGACUGCAAAUCUCCAAUGAAGUGCUGCAAAUACAACUGUGGGAAGAAAUGCUUGAAGCCAUACAUAGAAAUAUGCCUCCUAAUUCCAGAAGUGGGUGACUGUGAAAAUUUUUCCUUACGAUGGUUCUAUAGUACCAAGGCACGGGCCUGCAAACAUUUCUUCUACAGUGGCUGCGAUGGGAAUGUCAAUAAUUUUCCCACCAAGAAAAUCUGUGAGCAAUCUUGUGCAGGAACUGUCAGGCCAGGAAAGUGUCCACCAUUCCCCUUCAAAGGUUUUAAAAACUGUUCCGUGCCCUGUCAUAAAGACCAGCAGUGUCAGAAACCAUAUAAAUGCUGUGCUUCUAGUUGUGGCUUCGUGUGUACCCCACCCUGGAAAGUUAAGCCCUGGGACUGUCCGCCUCAACCAUCCACCUGCAUGGUUAUUCAGAAACCCUUGUGUCAGAAUGAUGAAGAAUGUGGAACUGAUGAAAAGUGCUGUACUAAUUGUGGCUUCACAUGCAUUAAAAGAAAUUAACCAGUCCUUAUAAUCUAGCUGUCAUGAUGGCUCGCAACUGUAUUGGCUGAACUUUUGACUGAAAAAGAUCCAAAUGAGGAAAAAACUUGAAUCAUGAAAAAGAAGGAAUUCUUCUCAAAUCUUGGGAAGGAUCUAAUUUGUGGAACACCACCAUCAUUUUUCAUGCCAACGAAUUCUUUUCCCACAUAUUAUGGAAUAGUCUUUGUCCUCUAGAAUUCCUGCCCACAUCCUUCAUUGUCUUUUUUCAUUUAUCCUUUAAAAGAAAUGUUUUCCCUCUUCGUCUUUGUCUGUUAAAAUGCUAUUUGUUCUUCAGCUUCCAAGUCAGAUGUUCUCUCCUUCAUGAAGCCUUCCCUAUUCCCCUCAGUAAGUAAUGGCUCUUCCUGGCACCUCACUUUGUUUGCAUCAUGUAUAUAAGGUGAAACAGCAUUAUUAACAAAAACCUGACUUUAGGUUGGAGUUUCUCUUUUAUACAUACUGGCUCUGUAAACCUGGGCAGGUCAGUGAUCUAGGCCAGUAGUACUAAGAUCAAGCAGCAAUGGGGGCCAUUAAGCCAUAGCUAAGAAUCCUUGCGGGCACAUGUUGACUUAGAAAAUCAUCAGUAAACAUUAUCUAUGUUUUAUUGUAUUUACAUUUAUUUUGUGAAAUAUUUUUCAAUCAAUUAAUUUGAGGGGAUACCCUUUAAAUUAUGAAACAGCUGAACAAGUUGUGGUAUAUACUAAAAUGAAAUAUUAUUGUGCUAUAAGAAAUGGUGAGCAAAAUGGUUUCAGAGACACAUGGGAAGACUUACAUGAGCUGAUGCAAAAUAAAGUGAGCAGACUCAGAAUAACACCAUACACAGGAACAGAAAUGUUGUAAGGAUAAUCAAAUGUGAAAAACUUAGCUUCUCUGACCAAGACAAUGAUCCAAGACGAUUUCAAAGGUUCCAUGACAAAAAAAAAAUGGGUAUGUGAUUCUUUCCAAC